AUGUUCACCCACACUACGAAAGUAAACGAGCUCAAUCGAGUAGAUAUUGAGGAUAUUAAUGAAGCUGUUAUGGAUGGAAUGUUGAAAUACAUUUACACCGGGAAAUGCGAUGAUUCGGAUGAAUUGGCCGAAGAAUUAUUGGCAGCAGCCGAUAAAUACGAUUUGUGUGGAUUGAAAAUUAUAUGUGCAAAGAAGCUAAUCAGGAGAUUGUCAAUUGAGAAUGCAACGAAUGUUCUUAUAUUGGCCGAUAUGCAUCAUUUUGAAGACCUAAAACAUCAAGUGAUCAAGUUUAUUGUUACCAACUGUACUGAAGUUUUGAACACUGAAGCCUGGUUAGAAAAUCUUUCAUCAAAUCUUAAAUUGGCGAAUGAAGUUUGUCAAGCCAUUGCUCGUAAAUGA